AUGGCAACACAAAGAGAAGGUGGUUCAGUCUCUAGACCACCUUUACUGGAUGGGAGCAACUACAUCUAUUGGAAGGUGCGCAUGACAUCUUUUAUUCGUGCGGUUGAUGAGAAUGCCUGGACCGCUGUGGAAGAAGGGUGGACUGCUCCUUGUGAUGCGGAAGGAAAACCUACACCCAGAAAUAAAUGGACGCUCACUGAAUUGGCCGCCUCAAAUGCCAAUCAGAAAGCUUUGAACUCUAUUCAAAAUGCUGUCACUAUGGAGGUGUUUGCCCUUAUAUCCAUGUGUGCCAACGCAAAAGAGGCGUGGGAUGUUCUGAUGAGUACUUAUGAGGGGAAUUCUAAAGUUAAAAAACAGCGUCUCCAACAACUUGCUACGAAGUUUGAAGAACUGAGGAUGGAUGAGAAUGAGGAUAUUAGCACCUUUCAUGGCAAACUCCUUGCUCUUGCUAAUGAAAGUUUCUCUCUUGGAGAAAGAAUUCCUGAGGAAAAGCUUGUGCGAAAGGUGAUGCGUGCUCUACCUGAAAGAUUUGACUACAAAAUCACUGCCAUAGAUGAAGCAAGAGACGUCAGUUAUAUGAAGCUUGAAGAACUCAUAGGUUCUUUAAGAACGUUCGAAAUGAAUCUUCGGCCAGAGAGAAUUGAGAAGAAGAAGAGUAUUGCGUUUGUCGCUGAUUCCGGAAACAGCAAGAAGGUCUCUACCAAAUAUGAUUCUGAUGAUUUAGUUGAAUCGUUAGCUCUAUUUACCAAGAAUUUUGGUAAAGCUUUCAACAAGUUCAAGAAGAGAAAUGAUGGCAGCAAAGGUUUUCAGAAUGCUAAGGACUUUCAAUCGUCUCAAGGCAAGAAGAAUCAAGGGUCUGCUUCAAGAUCUGAAAUUCAAUGCCAUGAAUGUCAUGGCUAUGGACACAUUCAAGCCGAAUGUGCAAACACUUUGAAGAAGCAGAAAAAGCAAAACAAAUCCUACAAUGUCUCAUUAAGUGAUGAUGAAACGGAUGACAGUGGGAGCGAGUCAGAGGAUGAACCGGUUGCACUUAUAAGCUUUAUUGAUCUUACGAAAGGGGAGGAGGUUGAUAAUGAUCCCCUGAAACUUGGGAUAGAUUCAGACAUUCAAGAGAAAAAUGUCGCAUAUGCUGCUACAAUGGGGGAAGUCUCUGCCAACGUCCCUUCAGAUGUUGUUAUUGUAGAAGAGGCUGAAAGUGAUAAUGAGGAUAUUGAUGAAAGCUUCUUGACAGAGAAUUAUGAACUGAUGUACAAGAAGUGUGUGGCUGUGCUUGAGUUGAAUAAAUCCCUUUCCACUCAACUUAGCAAUGUCUCGAAGGAACGUGAUGAGCUUGUGGAUCUCUGUGAAAAACAAAAGGUUGAACUGGUGACUCUCCGACAGACUAUGAAAUCUAAGAUUGGUGAACUGGAGCAUCAUAAAAAACGUGUUAAAAUGAUGAAUACCGGGACUGAAAAGUUGGACGAAAUUCUAGAAAAUGGUCACAGCUCUGGAAAUAAAGCUGGAUUAGGCUUUCAAAGCAAAGAUUGGGUGCCUAAAGACAAUGGAGGAAAAGCUAAAGCCACGCCCCCCAAAGAAGUUGAUCAGCAGUCUAAACCACCUGUGCAUCGACCAGCAGCCCAUAAAAAUGGUCCUCCGAAGAAGAACUACAAUAGAAUUUUUGUUCCAACGUGUCACUACUGCGGAAUGAGAGGUCAUAUCAGACCUAGAUGUCGAUUUCUUCUACGCGACAUCCAAAAUAUGAGAAAUUCCCAAAAUUAUCGGCCAAGGAUGAACAGAGGAUAUGUUGUUCACAACUCUCUUUGGUCUGGCUUUCAUAAGUCAUGGUAUUUGGAUAGUGGUUGCUCCAAACAUAUGACGGGAGAAGAGAAGUAUCUGGAAGAUAUUCAUAUAAUCUCUGAAGAAAGAGUAACUUUUGGUGAUGGUGUCCAGGCAAAAGUCGUAGGAACAAGCACGCUAAAUGUUCCAGGUAUGCCUAAACUAAAAAAUGUCAUGUUAGUUGAAGGUUUGAAGGCAAAUCUGAUCAGUAUCAGUCAGCUCUGCGAUGAACAAAUGACGGUCGUUUUCGACAAAGAUAAGUGCAUUGUUAAAAAUGGAGAAAAUGAGUAUAUCUCGGGCAAGCGAUCAAGUGAUAAUUGCUACAUUGUAUCUCCUGAAAAUUCAUGUUUUCAGGUUCUUGGAGAUGAUACUGAUACGUGGCAUCAAAAGCUUGGACAUACCAGCCUGAGAAACAUGAAAAAACUCGUGAAGACAGAUGCCAUCAGAGGUCUUCCCAAGCUGGUGAUUAAUACUAAGGGUGUUUGCGGUGCUUGUCAGAUCGGGAAGCAAACUCAUUCAAGUCACAAGAGAGUUUCCAAAAUCACAACUACUCGCAUUCUUGAACUGAUACAUAUGGAUCUCAUGGGGCCAAUGCAGGUUGAAAGCAUUGGGAGAAAGAAAUAUGUGCUAGUCUGUGUCGAUGACUUCUCUCGGUUUACUUGGGUGCUCUUUCUAAAAGAUAAAUCAGAAGCCUUCGAAAAGUUCAAGACUUUAUGUCUCAAGCUUGAAAAGGAUAAAGAAGUAUAUGUGAAACGUAUCAAAAGUGAUCACGGAAGAGAAUUUGAAAAUUCUGAGUUUGACAAAUUUCGUGAAGAAAAAGGAAUCACUCACGAAUAUUCUGCUCCGAAAACUCCUCAUCAAAAUGGAGUCGUGGAACGGAAGAAUCGUACUCUUCAGGACAUGGUUCGAACUAUGAUGAAAGCCAAAAACAUAGCAACAAAUUUCUGGGCUGAAGCUAUGAAUACGGCUUGA